AUGUCAUCAUUCAUAAGUCAUUAUUGACUUAUUAAUUAUUAUUAUUUAUCAAUGUCUAUUUUUUAAUCAAGCCUUUUCGUUCUUUCUGUAUAAAUAACCAUUUCUUUUUUAAUUAAAAAAAGGAAAAAUGAAAAAACCUUCAAAAACAGCAAAAAACGAUAAAUCAAAGAAUCAAGAACCUGAAAAGCCUGUAUUAACAUGGGACGAACAAACUAAACAAUUCGAUUUAAAUUCGAUUUCGGAAAUGUAUCAAGUAAAAUUUGCAAUAUUAAACGCAGAGACGCCAAAGUUUAUAAGCCACAUUGAAAAUUUACAAAGUUAUUUGUAUGUUAAUUCCAAUUUUACUAUAAAGCCAAUAAUUUUUGAAGAGGUUCAAUACAUUGUUAAACAUUACCCCGCUUGGAAUCGACCGUACGUUCCACCGGAACUCGAAAAGUGCUUUCAACAAGCGUGCGAAGAAGCGAAACUUUACACAAGGAAAUUAAAACCGAUUCCUUUGAAACUUAUGGCGAACUUAGUUAAAUUGCGAGCAAUCAUACUUGUAUACGAACACGUUUAUUACGAAUUAAAUCCGGGAGAGAAUCCGGUGUUUAACGCAGUGUCUAUUGAGGAUUUAUUAUCUUGUUCAUCAGUAACUGAAAUAUCCAUUGAAACCGAGGAGGAUGAAAAAUGUAAUGAUGAUGGUGCUUUUGUGCAAGACGAUACCACGAGUUUAAAUAAUGAAAUUGAAUUUGAUAAGGAUACAAUGAAUAUGGUUUAUAAUUAUUCUUCACCACUUUUACAAGAUUACAUAGCAGCAAUACAAAUGCAAUGGAAUCGAAGAGAAUCUAUUAAUUACGAGGACGAUUUUAAAACGAAAAAUGUACGUCCUUGGGUUUCAAGACAUUGUCAAUCUACAAUAGAUAAAAAUGCUAAUUUAACAAAACAAAAAAUGAAAAAAAGUACAUCAACGAUGGUUACCACGUCGAAAAUAAUGUAUAUAGUUCUAUUCGGAUUUUACGAUGUUCUUCUUGUAAAGGAACUCCACGAGAUUGGUAUUGAUUUUUUAUGCCUUAUAGCGUUUGGCGAAGAAAAUGAAACAACAAUCUUUUUACCGAAACCGGAAAGAUUAGAAUCACCAUCGUGCGAUUCAUUAAAUAAUUUUGUUGAUCCUAUUUAUUAUUUUUCAACAGCAACGGAAAAUAACAAAAAAGAAAAUUAUGGAGUUACUUGCAAAAAUUAUGCUUAUAUUAAGGAAUCUGUAAUAUUAAUGUUUUGGAUUAAAAUGGAAGAAUUAUGCGAAUCAAGUCAAAACUUUAACAAUAUAAUUUGGUUUCGUUAUGCAACACCUGCCCAAAGUUUCGAUGAAAAAAUAGUUUAUUCUGAUGCUUAUUGGAAAGCUGGCGCAAAACUUUUUCGUACGAUUUCUCAAUACUUACAUAGUUUAAUUUAUUUAGAAAAGUACCACCGUUUAUAUUUGAGAAGUUUAAUCGUAACCGAAUUAGGAGAUAAACCAGAACGAAUUUAUGUGAAUAAAAUGUUUUAUUAUAAUAACUCAUUAAGAAGUAUUCCACAAGAUUGUAUUAAAGUGGGUCAUAUCUUGGAAGGACUUUUAGACGAAGUUUGCAAUAGGAUUGCUAUUGAAAGUACAGAAACUAAUAAAGAAAACAUCGGUGAUGAGUUUUUUGGUGAAGAAGAUUUCAUUCAAGAGUAUUUCGGUGAAGAAUAUUUUGGCGAAGAGUACACAAAAAAAAUCAUAGAAACACCCAUCUCAAAACAUAACAAGAAAACAGAAAAAUUUCUUUUACGCCUAUUCAAAAAAUUUAAAUUUUCUUAUAUGCCUGUUGAUCCAAUAUCAUUUGUUAACUCCCAUUCAAAUUUGUUAUCAAUCGAUAAUAACAUGGAAUUAACACGAAAACGAUUUGAAAUAUACGCCUCAAAUAAAUUAGAAUUAGAAACAAAAUAUUACCCAAAACUCCAAAAUACGUUAAAAUUAACAACGAUCGAACAUUUAAAACAAUCGUUUCCCGCCUUGUUAUGGAAAAUUUACGAUGAAGAUGAAGAUUUUCAAGAUCGUUCCGUUUCCUCGCUUAUUUUUCAAACUUGGUUGAGUUACAUUCGCUUAUCUCAACAACAAUGUAGCGAACGAUUAUCGAUUAAAUUUUGUGAAUCGGUACAAUGCCAAGAAAAAUCGAAAUAUUACAGUUUUUGUGGGUUGCAUGAAUACUUCGUUAAACCAAUUUGGUUAUCUACUGUUGGUAGUGUAAAGGAGGAAGGUAUUGAUACUUGCAAAGUUAAAGUUAAUACAUCGCAAAUAUAUCGCACGCCUAGUGAUGGGAGUCAAGCGGAAGAUUUUCAUUGGCAAGAAAAAUUAACACCAGAAGUUUUAUUACAACAAACGUCAGAAGAUUUUACUUAUUAUGAUUGUUGCGAUCAUCUUUAUUCGCCAUUUCUUGAUAAAAUUAUCGUUCGAUUUCAUGAUCCUACAGAUGACUUUGGUUCUUCAGUUUAUAUUUGGGAGGAAAGCAUUCGUUCACCAAUUGGUUUAUACAACUUCUACAAACACAUCAUUUUCGAAGAUUCAAGGUGGUUAAAAGAAUUAGAAGAUACUUUAGCAAAUUUAGAAGCUUUUCCACCCCAAUCAAUUUAUAAUUCUUCACAAGCUAAUUCCUUAAACAUGCUAGAAGAAGAAAUAAAAACCCCUUUGGAUAAUUUUGAAGACGUCCCUUACAUUUUAACAACAAUUCAAACAUUCGAAGAAUUCUUUAUACAAUCGCCUUUUAUAACUUCAAAUAAUAUAUUAACAGCUUUUAAUUUAGACGAUAGAGCAGGAGCUGGUGGGACGACAACAAUCUUUCAUAGCACCGAGGGUCUCAAAAUAACGGUUGAUGUUCAAAGGGUUUUUGGAACGAGAAAUAUUAAUUUGAAAGUGCAAGGUGAUCGACAUGUUUUUAUUCUUCACGCGAAUCCGAAAAAUCAGUUUUUAUUUCAUUUCGAAUCGCCUAAUGGGAUAAGAAUUGUUUUUGCAAAACCCAAAAAUGAAGAAAUUAAACCGAAAAGUUACGAAAUUAUAAAAAGGAAGGAGAAUAAAAAAGUUUUCGCUGAAAAAGAAAGUUUCCUCAAAGAAACGAAUUACAUUAAUUUCAAAAAACGAUCCGAAUUUGGCGAAAAAAGAAAACUAACAGACGAUUCGUUCGAAAAUAUAUUUUUUAACGUUUGUAACGAAAAUAUCAACGAAUCAACAUCAAGAAAUUCAUUAAGAGAUGUUGAAUCGGUUGAUGAUAUCGCGUUAAAAUCAACGUUUAGUUUAACAACGAUCAGUAAACGUUCGAUUCCCCCACCGAUCGGUUUUGAGAAAGUUUUUAACGAUUUACGGAAAAUAAAAAGAAACACGAUUCCUCAUUUCAAAAUUAUUUCAACAGCUCUUCAUAAAAGAAAAUACGUUUCAGUUUUACGAAACAAAAUCACUUUAAAUUUUUUAAAUCGUUCAAUUCCAAUCAAAUUUAUUCCCAAAAUCGAUGUUUCUAAUAAAAUUGAAAUCUCAAAAUGUUCAGGAAUAAAUUUACCUUUUGAUACAGUAACAUUAAAUGAUGAAAUAAAUAAAGAAAUCGAAAUUGGUGAAGAAUCGAUUCAAAAUGACUUAAAUGAAGAAACUAACGAUAUAAAACCAAAUGGAAAAGAACCAGAAAAACAAGAAGAUAUAAUCGAAAAAUACGAUGUGAGGAUUACUUUACCAUCAGGGUUACAAAUAUCAACAAUUCCUGAUCCUGAUGAUUCUAAUAAAUUAUUAGUUGUACAAAAAUAUUUAAUAAAAGGGGCUAUGAACGAUUCAAUUGAAGAUGAAGUUUCAAGAACGUUUACAAGACAAGGAUUUAUUAGAAUUAAAUAUCAAAAUGGUUCGAUGAAAAUGUUUGGAUUAAAUGGAAAAACGAUUUCGGGGGAAAUCGUUUCAAUAAAACCCGAAAAUGUUAAAAGAAAACCGAGCAAAAUUUAUUUCGAAAACUUGUAUUACAACAAAUGUAUUAAAUUACACAAAAAUAUUCAUAAAAAAAUUAAUCGGUUUCAAAAAAGAUUCAUCAACAAACCAGGUUUAAGAUAUUUAAGAUUAACCCUUAGUAAACGAGAUAAAUUUUUUAAAAGUCUUUUAAACGAUUUCAAAAACACUCCUUAUUUAUUUGAUUACGUUAAAUUAACACCUCGGCAAUUAUUAACACCGAUUAUUUUUAAAAUUCACAAAGAUUCGUUUCAAGAUCAUUAUAAAUUUAAUUUUACAACGAAGGAUUCUUUUACGAGCAUUAACAGCGAUGGCCAACAAGUUACCUCGUUUCUUGAUGGAACAAUAAUAUCAUCUUGGUAUCAAAUAGCACAAGAAAUGAUCGUAAUUGAAACUGAUGAUUUAGACGGUGUUUUAGAAAUCGAUGAUGACGAUUAUUCCUGCAACUUUUUAGUACCUAAAAUAGGGGGUUGGAUCGAUGUUAGUUUAUGUAUUCAAUUUCAACAUCGUCAAUACGCAACGGUGGUUUAUCGAUUAGAUGGUGAGGAAGUUUCAAUUUAUCUUCCUGAUAACAUCGAGGUAAAAAUAAAAUCGGAUGGGACUUAUUUCCUUAAUUUAAACGACACAAUGUACGGUCAAAUAUCAUCGGAAAAAAUUAAAAUUCGAAGCAAUUUUUGCAAGAAAUGUUACGAUUGUUGCGAAACAAAUCUUUAUGUUAAACAUUUAUAUAAUAACAACGAAGAUAUCCCACCUUACGAUAUUCUUUUAGAAGCCAAAGACAAUUUUAAUAAAUAUUUUAAAGUUGAAUAUUGCGGGAUGUGUUACCGAAACAAAAAUUAUCAAGAUGGGGACACAACAACGUGUCAAUCCCAUCGAAAAGAUACGAUGGAAAAGUUUUAUUCGUUCGAUAGAAAUUUUUCAGGCACAGCUUAUUGGACUAAUUCAAUGUUUAUGGAUAGAAUUUUAUGCGCACGUGGUAAAUACAAAAAAGAAAACGUUAAAUAUUAUUUAGAUGAGAAUCAAUCGAUUCGAGCGUACGAAAUUAUUAGUUAUUUUGUUCAACAUUAUUGCGAUCGAUUUUUAAUGCAAUAUAGGAGAUCAGAUCCACCAGCUCUUUUAAUGCCGAAAUCAAAACCGCAAUGUUUCGGCCCUAUCGCUUAUAUCAAAAGGCGAUUUGUUGAAAUUCUCCCAGAUUUAACCGCGAUUAUUCCCUUACUAAACGCGAUUAAUCAAUGGAAUGUACAAAGACCGUGGGAAUUACACUUACCCACAGAUGAAAUGAUCGAUGGACCAAUUCUGCCAAAAAUAUCAACCACCUCGAGCGAAAGCAGUUUAAAUCUGAAAUUAACCCCACGUUUUAUUGAAACAGCUGUUGAACAAUUUAAAGAUCUUAACGUGUUAGCAAAAGAUUUUCGAAUUAAUAGAUACAGCAACGGCGACAGUUUUAGUGAAAUUAUAGAUGAUAAUCAACCUGUGUGUAAAUGCGAACAAGAUAAAUCGCAAGAUAUAUCGUUCGACUCGGAUAUUGAAACGCAAUUAAAUACUUUUUAUGAAAGAUUUCCAGAAAAAUCUUUUACCAAGCGAAAAGAUACAACGCCUUGGUCGUCCAUGGAUGCAAUGAGUAAAAUGCUUGUUGUUCCAGUUAAUUCGAAAAUUUCCAAUAUUUCCAAACCUAAAAAGCAUAAAGAAAUUUUAGUUCUAAAUGACGAUUUAAAUAACGAUUCGUCAUCUUUAGACUUUAUAAAGCAAACAGAAAAAGGAUCGAAACGAAAAUCAUUACCACCUAUACAAGUUAUACCAUUUGAAAAAAAUUUUAAUAGUAAAAGUACUUCAAUAUUAUUUCCUUUAUUGCAACCAGGCAUAUUUGAAUGGAGAAAAGCCGACCUAAACGAGUCAUCAUGUUCAGAAAUUAGUGAUACAAAAGAUACUAAAGAAAUGAAUCAGAAAUUAGCUAAAAAGAAGCAAUACAACAAAAAUAAAUCCACAGAAACCCAACAACCUUUUGAUGUAUUAGGUUUAAAUGCAACAAAAAAUAUAAGUGGAACUAUUUUAGUAGCAAAAACAGGUAGUCAAGAUAAAACACGUCAAGAGAAAACGAGUCAAGUUAAAAUGAACGGAUCUAAACAAGAAGUAAUCGAAAAACAAGAAGGUUCUAUUACGAAUCAAAAAUCGGAAAAAUCUGUUUUGAAAAUGACUAGUAUGGAUAAGAUUUAUAAAAAAAAUUCGUUGAAUAUCAAAAUGUCUUCAGAUCCAGGUUCAAAUAGUGAAUCAGAAACCGAACACCGCAAUAGAUCAAGAUCGGGGAGCCCCAACGACGACAAAUCAGGUAGAUCGAGAAGUCCCUCUGGCUCACGUUCAGGAUCAGGUACCCCACAAAAUAGAUCUAGAUCAAACACACCUGGUUCGAAUAAAUCUUGGGGCUCUAGAAAAUCAGGGCGUUCACGAUCAGGUUCUGGAGACUCGAACAAAUCACGUUCACAAAGCAGAUCACCAAAAAGUGGUAGAUCAAGAAGUGGAUCACCAAAAAGUGGUAGAUCAAGAAGUGGAUCGCCAAAAAGUGGAAGAUCAAGAAGUGGAUCACCAAAAAGUGGGCGCUCAAGAAGUGGAUCACCAAAAAGUGGGCGCUCAAGGAGUGGAUCACCAAAAAGUGGGCGCUCGAGGAGUGGAUCACCUAAAAGUGGGCGCUCAAGGAGUGGAACACCAAAAAGCGGACGAUCAAGAAGUGGAAGUCCAAAAAGUGGACGAUCUAGAAGUGGGAGUCCAAAAAGUGGGCGAUCUAGAAGUGGGAGUCCAAAAAGUGGACGAUCUAGAACUGGAACUCCAAAAAGUGGAAGUCCCAAAUCAAUACGAUCACCAAGUGGGUCACCUAAAUCCGUGAGAUCGCAAACUUUUAAUAGAUCUAGGUCCAAAAGUGGUUCAGUUAAAAGUAGGAGUAGAUCAGGAAGUAGAGAAUCAAAUAGAUCAAAAUCUCGAUCACCAGGAAGUCCCGGAUCAAGAAGAUCCCCAUCAGGAAGUCCAAAAUCGCAUAGAUCAGGAUCUGCAGGAUCACACAGAUCUGGUUCUCAAGGUUCUAGAAGAUCUAGCGUUAGAUCAAGAAAAUCUAGCGCAGGAUCAGUUAAAUCUAACACAGAAAGAACAUCUAAAUCAAGAUCUCAUUCACCAAAAUUAACCGAAAAAGACGAUAAAAACGAUCCAGAUAGUCCCGUUAUUGAGAAGAAAAAAGAAAUUAAAAGAAGUAAUCUAAUUGAUUCUGAAAGUGAAGAGGAAGAAAAGAAAGAAGAAGCCGACGCUGCAGCUCUCUUUGGAGAUGCAGACGACAUCAGUAGUGAGGAAGAAAAAGAACCAGAAGAGAACCGCGAAGAUUUACGUCGAAGCGACGAAGAACAAGAUGAAAGAGAUCGAGAUAGAAGAUCUGAUGAAGAAAACGAACAACAACCAGUACGCGAUGAAGAAGAGAAAGAACCGGAGGAGCCAAUUCCCGAAACACGUAUAGACGUAAACAUCCCAAAGAUCAGUUGCGAUCUCGGAAGAGAUAUUCAUUUCGUAAAACUUCCCAAUUUCUUAUCAGUCGAAACGAGGCCGUUUGAUCCAGAAACUUAUGAAGAUGAAAUUGACGAGGAGGAAACUCUGGAUGAGGAGGGUCGGGCCAGAUUAAAAUUAAAAGUCGAAAAUACGAUUCGAUGGCGGGAAGUUUUUGAUAAUGAAGGAAAUAUUGUGCAAGAAUCUAAUGCGAGAUUUGUAAGAUGGUCUGAUGGGUCGCUUAGUUUACAUUUGGGUUCGGAAAUUUUCGAUGUUUAUAAACAACCUUUACAAGGUGAUCACAAUCAUUUAUUCAUUAGGCAAGGUACAGGGCUUCAAGGUCAGGCCGUUUUUCGUACGAAACUUAGCUUUAGGCCUCAUUCAACUGAAAGUUUCACGCAUAGAAAGAUGACGUUAUCUUUAGCUGAUAGAUCGCAAAAAACUUCUGGUAUUAAGAUUUUAUCUCAAGUUGGAAUUGAUCCUGAUCAAGAUAGGAAAACAUUAUUGAAAAAAGAGGAAGAAAAACUGCGCCAAACUUCCCGCCCCAAACCAAAAAGAACUCGCGAUCCAACCAGCAGUCGAAGUCACGUUACCAGUGCAACUUAUAGAGAGGAAGAAGGAAGUGAUGAAGACGGAGCUAUUUCACUUAAUGCUAUUAAGAAUAAAUAUAAAUCAGGAAGUGUUAUAAAUACAACACCGCAUAAAGGUGGUGCUAUUUAUUCAUCAGAUGAGGAAGGUUCAGAUUUUGAAGGAAAAAGGGGACGAAAAUUGGAUAGAUCGAAAGCAUUAAAAGACUCAGAAUCAAGUGAAGAUAGUGAUUAAAAAAAAUUGUAUUUUUUAAUUAAGAAUAAUACAAUUAAAAAGAUUUUUUUAUUAAAAACUU